AUGAGACCCCUUCCCGAAUUGAAAACGAUCGCUCAUGCAUUCUUCCAAGCCUCAGAAUACUUCAAUGCCCGCAUAUUCCCCAGUGUACUUCCUAUCCUGGAGCUUGGUUCAAAUAGUGCCAUCUACCAGAUCUCGCCCAAGCUAUUGCAGAAUGGACUGGCUCGUCCCGAUUACGUACGACUUGGCCUAGUCUGCGCGUCCCUCAGUCACAGGAUGAACCAGAGAAGAGAUGACAUCCACUUAAAUUCGCUGGCUAUGACCUUCUUCCACUACCGUGGUCUUAUCAUUCGCUCUUUGAACGAUGAUAUUGGCGUGGACCAUAAGCGGAUGAGCAAUCUUGCUGUGGCUGGGAUCUUGACACUUAUCAUUGUUGAUAGUCCUGGCAAGGAGCAUCGUCAUUCUGGCGGUACCACCUUCAAGGAGCCCGGAAAAUAA